AUGAAGUUCCAAAACACCGUCGCUUUCCUUGCCUCCGCCAUGGGCGUCGCCGCCCAGUGCGACCUCCCGUCCACCUACUCCUGGACCUCGACCGGCUCCCUCGCGAACCCCAAGUCCGGCUGGGUCGCUCUCAAGGACUUCACCGCGGUCCCUUACAACGGGCAGCACCUCGUGUAUGCCACGACGCAUGACACGGGGAGCACGUGGGGAUCCAUGAACUUCGGCACCUUCUCGGACUGGUCCCAGAUGGCCUCAGCCUCCCAGAACGCCAUGUCCCAGUCCGUCGUCGCCCCGACGCUCUUCUUCUUCCGCCCCAAGAACAUCUGGAUCAUGGCCUACCAGUGGGGUCCCACGGCCUUCUCCUACAAGACCGCGAGCGACCCCACCAUCGCCAACGGCUGGUCCGCCGCGCAGCCCCUCUUCUCCGGCACCAUCUCCGGCUCCAGCACCGGCCCCAUCGACCAGACCGUCAUCGGCGACAGCACCAACAUGUACCUCUUCUUCGCCGGCGACAACGGCAAAAUCUAUCGCGCCAGCAUGCCCAUCGGCAACUUCCCGGGCAGCUUCGGCUCCGCCUCCACCGUCGUGCUGAGCGACACCUCCAACAACCUCUUCGAGGCCGUCCAGGUCUACACCGUCAAGGGCAUGAACAAGUACCUCAUGAUCGUCGAGGCAAUCGGCGCCAACGGCCGCUACUUCCGCUCCUUCACCGCCACCAGCCUCGGCGGCAGCUGGACCCCGCAGGCCGCGACCGAGAGCAACCCCUUUGCCGGCAAGGCGAACAGCGGCGCCACCUGGACCAACGAUAUCAGCCACGGCGACCUGAUCAGGAGCGACCCGGACCAGACCAUGACUGUCGACGCGUGCAACCUGCAGCUGUUGUACCAAGGCCGGUCUCCUUCGUCCAGCGGCGACUACGGGCUGCUGCCGUACAGGCCAGGUGUUUUGACGCUCAAGAAGUGA